UUAUCAGGAGGCCACCUGAACACUGAGAAGGAAAGCAGUUGGGUGAAAUUUCAUGCCUAAGAAGAUGUCUGAUUCUGGAGUCAAUCCACACUUGGAGGGAAUUAUUUCUGAUUUUGAAGCUCUGAAAAGGUCCUUUGAGGUGGAGGAUGUUGACACGUCUCACUCUUCUCCUGGCUCACGUCGGACAACCAACUCCCCUCAUCGCAAUGCCAUGUCUCCGACCAGCAUCUACUACCGUGACCUGGGCACCGCCCCGGUCUCCAACAACAACAACCACAACUAUACCCAGCCCCGCUCCAUCAUGGGAGGAGGAGGCUCCAAAACUCCUGAGCCUGUAUCGCGCCGCUCCGAACUCUCCAUUGACAUCUCAUCUUCUUCCAACAAGCUGGACAACGCCACCAGCCCUGCCUCCACACGCUUUGUGACCAACAGCGCCCUGAAACGCCCUGAGGUCCUGGGCCACUCCAAGACUCCGGAGAUGAGCCACAAGAGGGAGGUCACCUUCGCCAAGACACCCGCCGAUUCUCCAGUGACACGCCGUAACGAGGGCAACAACAACAACAACGGCACCAGCCGGACCCUCGAGCAGAAUCACACUCGCAAGUUUGAGCCUCCCAGUCCCGGUGACGUCCGCAAACCUGAGAUCAGCAUCACCAGAGCCCCUCCAGAGAACAACGGCCACCACCCAGCGGUCCACCACCCACACCACCCCAACCCUCACCACAACACCAUUGUCACCACCUUCCGCUGCUCCUCGCCUAACCAUGCCGGGCGCAAAUCCCCCAACCCUGACAGGUCAGAGGUCAAUCUGAGCCACAGCAACAUGUCUGAGUCAGCGAAGCCCCACCACCCCCACCCACAGGGCAAGGGGGAGAAGAACCAUGGCAGUGACUUCAGCUACGUGGGCAUCGAUGCCAUCCUGGAGCAGAUGAGGAGGAAGGCCAUGAAGCAGGGCUUCGAGCUCAACAUCAUGGUUGUGGGGCAGAGUGGCUUGGGGAAGUCCACUCUGAUGAACACCCUGUUCAAGUCCAAGGUGAGCCGUAAAUCGGUGCAGCCCGACCCCGAGGAGCGGAUCCCCAAGACCAUCGAGAUCAAGUCCAUCAGUCACGAUAUUGAGGAGAAAGGGGUGAGGAUGAAACUGACAGUCAUUGACACUCCUGGCUUCGGAGACCAGAUCAACAAUGAAAACUGUUGGCAGCCGAUCAUGAAGUUCAUCAAUGAUCAGUAUGAAGCGUACCUGCAAGAGGAGAUCAACAUCAACAGGAAGAAAAGGAUCCCAGACUCCAGGGUUCACUGCUGCAUAUACUUCAUACCUCCCACUGGACACUGUCUGAGGCCCCUGGAUGUGGAGUUCAUGAGGCGUCUCAGUAAGGUGGUCAACAUCGUACCUGUCAUCGCCAAGGCUGACACACUCACCCUGGAAGAGAGGGACUUCUUCAAACAGACGAUUAGGGAAGAGCUGCGAGCCAAUGGAAUCGAUGUGUACCCUCAGAAGGAGUUUGACGAGGAUGCAGAGGACAGGAUGAUCAAUGACAAAAUCAGGGAGAUGAUCCCUUUUGCUGUGGUGGGGAGUGACCAGGAGUACCAGGUCAACGGGAAGAGGAUUCUGGGCAGGAAAACAAAAUGGGGCACCAUAGAGGUUGAGAAUAUUGCACACUGUGAGUUUGCUUAUCUGCGAGACCUCCUCAUCAGGACACACAUGCAGAACAUCAAGGACAUCACAGGCAGCAUCCAUUACGAGAUGUACCGUGUUCGCCGGUUAAACGAGUCCAAUGCCGACCCCAGCGCUCACGAUCCCUCUGCCCACCCUGAUGUCCAGCCCAAGGCCAACGGUCAGCCCAACGGUCAGCCCGGCGGCGUGCAAGCCAAUGGAGUGGCCGCUCAGCACGAAGCCCUGUCCCACGAGAUGUAGAGAGUUCAGUGUGUGUGCACCGCGUAACCAAUUUUUUAAUAUCAGGCCAUAUCCAGACACAAAACUUACAGACCCAUGUCUCUUCCAUCUGCAUGAACACAUGUCCCACAUGCACCCAGAGCCAUACAGACAGACACUCACACUGUGAGGCCCAUCUUGACUUCAACAGAGGGACAUCUUUGCAACAAAACUGCCAAAACCACAGCUUUUCAUGCACCACGAGGAUACGGGCUAAAGCAUUGAGGGCUAAAGCAUAACUCCCGCCUGGACCUGGAACUUAUUUUACCAUUUUUUCCCAUCGUAUUGAUCAAGUGUGACCAAACUCAUCAAUUGCCUCACUAAAGAGCUUGUUACAUAUUGCUUGUCUCUGUGUGCAGCUUUCCAUUAGAGUCCAACGGGAUUAAUAAAACGCAAAAAGCAGCCCCCAAAUCACCCAAAACAUAAUUGUUUUCAGUACACUGACUGCUUACUCUUCAAUUAGGCAUGUUAGUCACAAGAAAAUAAAUGGCUUUUUCAUAGUUUUGGUUGCUACUUUGGCGAUUUGUUCAGCAAUUCCUUUACUCUGACAGCUUUUUGUAACACAAUGUAAAGUAAGGAGUAAAAAUGGUCAUGGAUAAACUGAAAACUCAAUACAUUUGGAUGUCAGUAUGGGUGCUCUUUGGGGUUGAUGUUUGAAAUACCCAUUGGGACCGUACUGGAAAGCCACACCCAGGCAAGCAAGGCGCAGGAAGCUCUGUAAUGAUUACAUUUUGGUCAGAAUCAGCAGGCUAAAUGGAAGAAGAUGGGGUUGAAAACGGCUGGAGUUAUCCUUUAAGUGCAAGAAUCCAUGCCAGUUGUUUACAGCAUACCUAAACAGUAGAGCCACAUGGGGCCAAGUCAGUCAGAUGCGGAUGUAGUGGCGUCUCCAAAGCAGCAUGGUCCAUAAAGUACAGCACAUCAGACUAUACUAGAUUAGCUGUAAACUAGGAGUAGCUGUUUCCGUGCCGUUGGCCUGCUCUACUAUGUGUUGUGGUGUAUCGUAAUGUGUAGAUGCUAGGGUCUGUUAGGGGUGUCUAGACUAGGUUUAUGGAAUAAUGGAGGAAGAGAAGAUAUAGUUGACACAUCUGCACUGUGUAAUAAAAAAAAAAAAGCAACUGCAGUGUGGAGCAGCUUUUGGGGGAAAAAAGGAAACUUAUUGUCAUUUUUCCAUUGUGUUAUGUUGUUUUUAAAGACCCUUUUUGCCAAACCAUCUUGUGUCUCUUUCCAUAUAAUGCCAAUAUGUUGUGUAAUACAGUCAUACCGUGCAUUUUACAUGGCUCAUUUACUAUUGUAUUUUUGUUGCUCUUGUUGUUAAUGUUCUAAUAUUAUUGUAUAUGAUGGGGGGUUGUGGAGGAACGUGUGCAGCUGGUGUCACGCUCAUCCAUCCGGUCCAUUUUUCUGACUGUAAACCAAAUAAAUGUCAAUUUUUGUUCUAAAGAGAAGCACAUAUAUAGAACUGAUUUAUGAAUAGGUAUUUAUGUGUACUUUUAGUGUAAUCGCUUCCAUUCCACUUCUGUAAUAACAGUCCAUCUGUUGGCUUUCAGAGGUUGUUGCAGGUGUUGAACAGUGAUGAUUCUCUAGUAUUAGACGAUGUAUGUCUGCAUCCAUAUGGUCUAUCCUGUUGGCUAGGCUGCACUGUAAAUAGCACCAAAGGACUUUUCCUCCUAGUGAGAUCCAAAAGUAGUCUGUACCUCUACAUGGAAUAAUAAUUGCUAUGUGAUUGAUCCAUCCCCUAGAAAAUGAUCAGAUCAUAGACAUUUACAGCGAAGAUUAUAGCAUUAUUUUAUUAGAAGAGGAAGUUUUACCUUAUUAAUGUUGAGCAGACUGGUUUAUGCCCCAAAACAAACCUUAAAUACCACACAUCAAAUUUGAAGACAACACCAUAUUUCAGUAGCAUCAGAAAAUCUCAGUAAAUUUUUGCAAAAAAAGAUGGGUAAACUUGAUACUGAGCAAGUUCAACAGAUGUUUUGUCUAGGCUACAUCUAAGUGCAGCAAACUUAAAAUAUCAUUAUUAUCAUUAUAAUUUCUCACCUAACCAAAAAAAAUCUUCAAGAGCAUACCCCGUGUUGCAUUUACCCACGUUCAUGCACAUUCAUGCACUCACAAAAAGGGGUUUUAAAACAUAAUAAAUUCCCAAACCAAGAGGACUAUCAUAGUCUCUUACCUAAAUAAACUUAUUGGGAUUACACUUUGUUUACUGUUGUAUAGUUCUUGUGUAAUUAGUUAUGGUAUUAUAGAAUAAGGUUUUAUCUUUGAUAUGCUAUCUCAAAGAAAUAAAGAUUGAUAUUUUUAUUGUU